CGUUCGUUUCGGUUGGCUCUUCUGGCUGCCUGGCUGCUGCAUUCGUGAUUUUGCCCGUGGAGUUGCACAUCGUCUCUGUAUUUUUGGUCCUAUCUGAGCAGGAGUAUACCUAAAUCGCCAUGAAUGUGGAGAAACUGAAGCGCCUGCAGGCCCAGGUGCGCAUAGGUGGAAAGGGCACGCCCCGGCGUAAGAAGAAGGUCAUGCACCAGACAGCGGCCACCGAUGACAAGAAGCUGCAGAGCUCGCUGAAGAAGCUCUCGGUGAGCACCAUACCUGGCAUCGAGGAGGUCAACAUCAUCAAGGACGACCUGACCGUGAUUCACUUCAAUAAUCCCAAGGCCCAGGCUUCCCUCUCGGCCAACACUUUCGCUGUAACGGGCCAUGGCGAGAACAGGAAGGUUGUGGAGAUGCUGCCAGACAUUCUCCCGCAACUUGGCCAGGAGACGGUCGUCCAAUUGCGUAUGUAUGCCAAUGCCAUGUCGAAUAAUGCCAAGCCAGAGGCAGCUGCAGCUGCAGGAGAAAAACCCAGCACCGCUGAAGAGGAUGAUGAUGUGCCCAUGCUCGUUGAAGACUUUGACGAAGUGGCCAAGGUUGAAGCUACCAAGCAGGAGGAGCAGGCGAAGAAACCAGCACUAGAGAACAAACCAAAGGACAAAGAGGAGGCCAAGCAACAGCAGCAGCCCAAGAAAGAGGAUCGCAAGAAGCAGGAUCAGAAGCAACAGAAACCAGCGGAGGCUCCCAAAGCCAAAGAAAAACAAGACAACAAGAAGACACCAACGAAGGCCCAGCCACAGGAUAAAGAUGUAAAGAAGAAGGAGCCACCGGCUAACAAAGAGAAACCCAACAAGAACAAAGCGGAAGCUAAGCCUCAGACAGCAGCUGCUCCUUCGAAGGAUACAUCUCAGCCUGUAGAGGUCUCAGCUCCAAAACAGGAGCCCCCGAAGCCAAUAGUGGAACAGAAAAUUGAUCAACCAAAGCCAACUGAACCAAAGAUUGAGCAGCCCAAGCAGACGGAGCAAAAGGUGGAGCGAACGGAGCAAAAAGUUGAAGCCAAACCGGCCACCGCGCCACCACCAAAGCCGACUCCAACAGAGGCUCCUGCCAAGGCACAGACACCACCCGCUGUCCAAACUUUGGCCCAGAUUGUAGCCGUCGAGCCGCCAAAGCAAGUGGACCCUGCAGUCGAAGCAGCCGCCGCCCCAAAGGUCGAGGAAAACAAAGAGCCGCAGAAGAGCGAGCUUGCUCCUGCUCCAUUGCAGCUGGCAGUGGCAGUUCCUGUGCCAGUCAAAGUGGAACCGACUAUAGCUCCGCCUGUUACAACUGCCGACAUCGACAAGAAGCCAGAGGCUAAGCAGGCCAGUCCUCAGAAGAGUGCACCGGAGAAACCCAAGACCCCAGAAACUGCACCAAAGGGUACCCCCGAAAAGCAAAAGCAGGCCAGUCCACCAAAGAGUGCACCGGAGAAGCCCAAACAGGCCACACCGCCACAGGUGCAAAAGACGCCGCCGCCAGCGAAACAAGUGACCCCUCUCGCAGAAGCAAAGUCUGCAUCGGAUGUGGUCAAAGCAGCCGAGCCAUCAGCAGCUGCACAACCAGCAGCCGCCAUUGCACAGCCGAUAGCAGCUCCAGAGAAGAAACUAGAGCAAUCAAAGAAUACUCCAAAGGCAGCCUCACCCAAGCAAAAGACACCGCCACCAGCCAAACAGGUGUCACCACCCGAUGAGCAGAAGGUAUCUGCUUUAAACAAACCAGAUGUGGCAUCUCCUGCACCACAAACUGCGGUGGCUGCCCCGCCGUCAGCUGCUCCUGCAGUAGCUCCUCCGUCACCAGAGGCGCCGUCGCCGAUGGUUCCAGCUACUCCGCCAUCGACCCCUUCGUCAGCUCCACCAUCGGCAUUAGCAGUUACUCCCCCUUCGCCGGCAACAGUCACGCCCCCAUCGCCGGCUGCAGUUACUCCGCCACAGAAGCAGCAGGCAGCAGCAGCAGCACCAGCCAAUGGGAAGAAGCAGGAAGCGGCCCCAAAGCCAAAACAGCAAGCAGCCAAGCCUGGCCAGCCACAGGUCCAAGGUCAGAAACAGGCAACAGGAAACAAACCACAACAGCAGCAGCAGCAGCAACAAAAACAGGCAGCUCCCAAGCCCACGGUAGCACCCAAACCAGCACAGACCCCCGGGAAGCCUGUGGCCCCGAAGACUGCCAGUCCGCCCAGCCAACAGCAGCAGCAGCAGGGCAAAGGUAACAAGGCGUCGCCUCCCAAGCAAACAGCUCAGCAACAGAAACCAACGAAUGCCCCCUCCGCGAAGGCAACGCCCUCUCCAAAGGCAGCCGCAUCACCGAAAACUGCCACCCCGAAGGCCGGAACCCCGCCCGCUCCGACUGCAGCUGCUCCCGCACCAGGAGGCUCCAAUUAGUGCAACAUUUUCACUUUUUUUUCAAUCGGCUAACUUGCAUUUUGAAUUUACCGCACCGCGCAUUUUUCGGACACGAUUAGAACAGUUAUCAGCUAUCGAUAUUUCAUUUAUUUUUGUGCAAUUACAUUUUCAAUAAAAACAAUUGCAGCCUC